UUGACUUUACUCAAUGAAAUUGUGGUUGGAAAGAUGGCGUCCAAGUGCAACCUUUCGGCUUUAUUUCCAAUCCAGAGCCAGUUGGACGACGCCCUGGACAACGCUACGAGCCAACAAGAGAAAGAAAACCUUGUCUACCAGUACUUGAAAAAACUAGACGACAAAGAUGACUUGAGGAUUCCCGAUUUUGACGAAGGUCUCGAAUGGCUGAACACAGAAGGCCCCCUUUCUUUCACAAGAGAGCUUGCUGGUAAAGUGGUGGUGUUGGACUUCUUUACUUACUGCUGCAUAAACUGCAUCCAUAUCCUACCUGACCUGCAUCAGCUGGAGAAAAAGCACUCUGUCAAAGAUGGGCUUGUUAUCGUGGGUGUCCACUCUGCCAAGUUCCCCAACGAAAAGGUGCUGCAGAACGUGCAGAGCGCUGUGCUCCGCUACAACAUCACCCACCCGGUGGUGAACGAUGGAGACGCUCGGCUGUGGCAUGAGCUGGAGGUGGCCUGUUGGCCCACCCUGGUGCUCAUUGGGCCCAGGGGCAACCUGCUCUUCUCGCUGGUGGGAGAGGGCCACCGUGAGCGCCUAGCGCUCUUCACCAACACCUCCCUUCGACACUACAGGGACCAGGUCCUGCUCAGUGACCACCUUGUGGGGACCAAGCUUUACAGGGACUCUCUGCCCCCAUCGAUUCUUUCGUUUCCUGGGAAGGUAGCAGUGGAUUCCAGUAGGAAGAGACUGGCUAUAGCAGAUACGGGCCAUCAUCGGGUACUUGUGGUGUCCAGCAUUGGGCUGGUGCUUUACUCUAUAGGAGGGCCUGAGAGUGGUAGGAAAGACGGUAAUCUCGACGAAGCAACCUUCUGCUCCCCACAGGGGAUUGUCAUCAAAGGAGAUACUGUCUUUGUGGCCGACACUGAAAACCAUCUGAUCAGAAAGAUUGACUUGUUGGAGGGACAGGUCAGCACCCUGGCAGGAGUGGGAUUUCAAGGCACAGACAUGGAGGGAGGGGCCAUGGGACCCCAGCAGCCUAUCAGCUCACCCUGGGAUUUGGCCCUUGGGACUGCAGGCGGUGAGGAGGAUAACAUGCUGUGGGUGGCCAUGGCAGGGACACACCAGAUCUGGGCUCUGUUCCUAGAAAAUGGGAAGUUGCCUAAAAGAAGCGAGUCCAAAGCGGGGACGUGUGUGCGCUUCGCCGGCAGUGGCAACGAAGAGAACCGCAACAACGCCUACCCCCAAAAGGCCGGCUUUGCCCAGCCCUCGGGCCUGGCCCCCGCUCCGGAGGAGCCCUGGGGGUGUCUGUACGUGGCCGACAGUGAGAGCAGCACUGUGCGCUCCCUGGCUCUGAAGGACGGCGCUGUCAAACUGCUGGUGGGGGGCGAGAGAGACCCCCUGAACCUGUUUGCGUUUGGGGACGUGGACGGGAAAGGAGUGGAUGCAAAGCUCCAGCACCCCCUCGGUGUGGCCUGGGCUCCUGACCAAGGCCUCCUCUAUGUGGCGGAUUCCUACAACCACAAGAUCAAAGUGGUGGACCCAAAAACCAGGCAGUGUCUGGUUGUGGCUGGGACAGGGGAAGCAGGUGACGUGUUAGGGCCAGGGUUUACUGAGUCCAGCUUCAAUGAGCCUGGUGGCCUGUGUGUCGGGGAGGGGGGCAGGGUGCUGUAUGUAGCUGACACCAACAACCACCACCUCAAAGUCUUGGACCUGGACACCAAGACCGUGUCACUGUUCCCCAUUUCAUUGGAGGAUGCGGUAGACUCUGGACCAACUAAGUCCUCUGGACCUUGUAAAGUCCCCAAGCUCCCCAAAUCUGCUUCUAGGGUGAUGAUGCCACCACUGGCAGUGUCACCAGGACAGACUGUCAACUUGGAGCUGGUGCUAUCGCUACCAGAGGGCACGAAGCUCACUGAAGACGCACCCAGCUUUUGGACCCUGUCAGCAGAAGGUAACGAGUGGUUGGUAGGGAACCAGGUGGUGACCGGGGACAUCCAAAAUCUUUCCCAGCCCCUUUCCAUCCCUGCCAUACUUCCAACGGUUCUCAAGGCGACAGAGUCCAGCCCCUCCCUCACCCUGAGUGUUUGGGUUUACUGCUGUCUGGCAGAAGGCGGGGCUUGUAUGAUGAAAGCCGCCUCCUUCACGCAACCUCUCCAGAUAGGCUCUACACCCAGAAACGGCUCGGUUACCGUGACGCUGGCUCAUGCCUUCUAACUUAACAAGCAUCUAGCCCUUCCCUCUCGUUGGGGCUUUGUGUUUCAAAUAUGUUUCAUUUUUAAAAGAACAUUCAAGUUUAGAAAUGUAGGAAUCAUUUUGAUAGCUCCUUUUGAACAUAAACAAUAACAGCAACAAAUGAUUUAUCACAGAAGUUGAUUGACAUGUUUAAACAAAGUAGAUAUAUCAAAAAUAGCAUGGAAAGGGGAAGAAAACGUCAAACCCGGACUUAAUUCAAUCAACAGACAAAGAAGUUAGAAAAAAUACCCCCCAAAAAGAUAAGCCCACCCUACCUGCUUCCUUCCCCUUCGGGGUAAAUCCUAUGUAACUUUGUCUUAGAUAAGUGUACUGUACAAUUGGCUCAUUCAUCUCCCUCCUCUCCUCUGUAACUAUUCCCUAAUUCGUUGCUGUAAAUGAGAAUGUGUUCUCAGCAAACUUACCAGGUAAAAUAAAAAGUUUAAAGUCCUUAAAUUGUAUCAAACAAUGCCUGGAGUAAAUUAUUUUUUAUUUUAUUUAACUAGGCAAGUCAGUUAAGAACAAAUUCUUAUUUACAAUGACGGCCUACCGCGGCCAAACCCUAACCCAGACGAUGCUGGGCAAUUGUGCGCCACCCUAUGGGACUCCCAAUCACGGCCGGUUGUGAUACAGCCUGGAAUCUAACCAGGGUCUGUAGUGACGCCUCUAGCACUGAGAUGCAGUGCAUUAGACCGCUGCGACACUCGGGAGCCCUCAAAUUGAAUGGGUAUUGAUGUAUUCUAAGGUAACCUCCCAGUCUGCAACAUGUAUUUCGGUGUCCAGCUCUUCCUCCCACUUCGCAUUAGUCGGAUCUGUGGAGGGUGGAUAGACGGACUGAAAUGUGUCAUAAUACCGAGAUAUCAGUUUGUCUGAUCCUGAGCACCAUUUAAUACACCCAUCAAACAUGGAAGGUUUGACGUUCUCGAAUGUAGGUAGAGGUUUUCUUAUACUGAAAAAAAUAAUAUAUAUAUAUAUCACACACAACGUUGAAAUAAAAGAUCCUAGAAAUGUUCCAUAUGCAGAAAGAGCGUAUUUCUCAAUGUUGUACACAAAUUGUGUUUACAUCCCUGUUAGUGAGCAUUUCUCCUUUGCCAAGAAAAUCCAUCCACCUGACAGGUGUGGCAUAUCAAGAAGCUGAUUAAACAGCAUGAUCAUUACAUAGGUGCACCUUGUGCUGGGGACACUCUAAAAUGUGCCGUUUUGUAACACAACUCUAUACCACAGAUUGAGGGAACAGGCAAUUGGCAUGCUGACUGCAGGAAUGUCUACCAUAAGGCACCUCCAAAAAAAAAAUAAGAAUUUGGCAAAACAUCCAACCGGUCUCGCAACCGCACACCACGUGUAACCAUGUCAGCCUAGGACCACAUCCGGCUUCUUCACCUGUGGGAUCGUCUGAGACCAGCCACCCAGAAAGCUGAUGAUACUGAGGAGUAUUCCUGUCUGUAAUAAAGCCUUUUUUUGUAGAUAUAAACUCAUUCUGAUUGCCUGGGCCUGGCUCCCAAGUGGGUGGGCCAAUGGCCUCCCAGGCCCACCAAUGGCUGUGCCCCUGCCCGUCAUGUGAAAUCCAUCAAUUAGGGCCUACUGAAUUCCUUUCAUUUGACUUGACUUCCUUAUAUCAACUGUGUAACUCCAUAAGAUCAUUGAAAUCGUUGCAUGUUUACGUUUAUAUUUUUGUUCAAUAUACAUAGUCUCUUAUUCCCAAUAUUAGAUGUAAGAAAUAUAGUGGUGGAUGCAUCAAACUAGAUCUUCUGCCAUUUGUUUUCAACUGUCCAUUCAUUUUAGAUCAGUGAACACUGCUUAGGUAGGCAUUAGGGGAACUAGACUUGGGGUCGAAAUGGAAUUGGGUCACUGUUAUGUCACAUGAGGGAGUGCAUGGUUUUCUCUGCACAAGUAUUCCCUGUUUUUAUUUUACAGGAUGUCAGCACCAAAGUGCAUGUAUCGUCUUCCUCUUCGCUGUAUGUUUAUGGAUCGGGGAAAACAUGUGGGCUCUAAAUAAGGUUUACAUUAUACACCCAUAAGCACUCCGUAACACCUCUAGAAAACCUUUCAUAGACUUUUAUGUCCACAACAACACUGUGUCUGCUGACUGGCUUGGAUUUGUGCCAGCCAACUUGCUUACUUAAAUAAUACUUCAGAGCUGUCAAAACUGGUUACAAUUACAUUUGUCAUAAGGCAUUUACAAAAAGUUUGCUCACACUUAAUCAUUACGCCCACAUUUGUAAAUGUUAGUAACCUAGUUAUUCACACAUUUAUAAACUUUUAUAUUUUAACUGAUGUAUUAAUGAUUCAUAAGAUAAUUAAUAAGAUGUUUAAUAUAGGUCCUUUAUAAACCAUUUAGUAAUAAUUAGUUUGUCCCUAAUCUAAAGUGAAGGUUUAACGUUAGUGUUACCUUCAGCGUUAGUGUUACCAGCAUUCAUAAUGCCUUUUAUGAGGCCUACCUCCAGAGGUGGUCAGGAAUAUCGGAUCGUCUACACCUGAAAACGGGGAUUCUGAUUUCUCUGUCCCAGCUGUCCGGCAUGUGUUUUUAUACUUUCCAAGGGCAGCGCUUUUUACAAACUGGUUUCUUUUAUUAUGCAAUGUAACAAGGGCAAAAUAAUAAACCCAUAUUUUAUCAGCC